AUGUCUGAUCCGGAGCCCUCUUCUGCACCAUGCUCCUCCUCGCCGCCCUCAACCCAGGCGUCUGACUCUACUGCUGCCCUCAAUUACGCCUUCCUAGUACACUCCCAAAAGACUUUAACUCAGAACCUUCCUCCACGCGUCGACAAUAAAUUGCUGGCACGGCAAAAGCGGCGUCGGACUAGCCCCGAAGACCACGCAAUCCUUGAAGCCGAGUAUCAACGGAACCCGAAGCCAGACAAAACGGCCCGAGCCAGUAUAGUCAGUCGCGUCUCGUUGGGCGAGAAGGAAGUGCAAAUCUGGUUCCAAAAUCGUCGUCAAAAUGAUCGCCGGAAAUCGAAACCAUUGCAACCUCAUGAGCUUCUCGCGCCUCGGUCGGACGUGUCCGACGCGUCAAAACGGGUAGCCGAUGACAACCUUCCGACGGAGCCAGGAUCUUCGAGCGGGACAGAGCAAUCAGAGGACAACUGCCAGGACAGGAACGUUGCUACACAAUCACCCGACCAUGCGUCUUUUGAAUCGGACGUGGUGCAUGGAGACAAUAAUGAGCUGGAGCAGUCAGGGUUAAGCUCUCAAACCAGCCUGGCUACUGAAGCUGUGGAGGAUUCGCAGAGAGCUUCAGACGAGACGAUGCCGGAACAACAACCGCCCCCGGUGCACGAUGAAACUCAUCUCGAUGAUUCCAACCCAGCUUCUGUUAAGAGGAAACGAUCAUUUUCUGAGACCCGUGGCAAUCGGCCGUUUGUGCAGGGAACAUCAACACCUAUGAAGUCGCCUCCAUCCUUGCGGAUAUCGCUCUCGUUUGACGGAGAAGCUAUGGUACGCAAAGAAGACGAGCUCACGCCAUCUCCUCCGAAAGGACGAAAUGCCCUGCGGAUCGCCAUGUCCUCUGAUGGAAAAGCCGUGAUCCGUGCUGAUGGCGAGCCGUCUCCGUCAAAGAACCGCAUUUCUAUGUUCUCAGCGCGUAAGCCCAGGCUUGCAGGGCUUCGAAGGAGCAACAGUGCCGCGGCAUUUAGUACGCCACGUGGUGGUUCCAUGGAGACUGAAAAGUUGUUUGGAAGAUCAAGAGAUCCUCGCAACUGGGAAUCGUUCUUUGACACCGAUGCAAGAAGUGCACUUUCUACUCCGACCAGCUCCCAAAGCGCACCGAACGCUGGCUCUCCCGCUCUGUUCCGCGCACGUGGUCAGCGUUCACUAACGAGGAGCAUGUCGGCAAGGCAUAGCAAUGCCUUCAAUUCAUCGGAAUAUCUUAAUACCCCUGUUCCUAAGCCGACUGGCGACAAAAGACGGAAGAUCUCCCGCACGGUCUCCUCAUUGGGCCGGCUGGAGACAGGCCGUGCGACCCUUGGUGAUAAACUGUCUAAUUCGAAGACGAUAUCGACAAAAGACGAUGACCUGGAGUUACAGUGGGGUGACUCUGAUAAGGAGAACUGGAUACCAGGCACACGAGUCUCCCAUGUUCGCCGGCGGACCACUUCGCAUCAUCACCCGCGGCGUUCAAUACUUAGAGAGGCCAACAGCAGGGAUGCCAAAGCCAACAGGGAUCUGGCAUCAGGCGGAAGAUACUCACGGGUGUCCCACCCGCACCAACGAGUGAGCGGGGUAAUCGACAAGGAUGUGCCUGAGAUGGACGCCGAGCACAACAGGCGGCUACUGCAUACAAUCAUCUCCAAGGAAGAUCAAUCAUUGUUUCACUCUCGGCAGACAGGCUUUUUCUUACAUAUGACUAUCGCAAUGGGCAGGAGGCCCAACGUGGCUGUCAUCGGAGCUGGUCUAUCAGGCUUGAGAUGCGCUGACAUUCUUAUCCAGAACGGUGCCCGCGUGACACUAUUUGAAGCUAGAGACAGAGUCGGUGGUCGGGUACACCAGCAGAAGAUUCACGAACAUCUUAUAGACUUGGGUCCGAACUGGAUACAUGGCACCGGAAAGAACCCGAUUGUCGCAAUCUCAGAGGCAACGGAGACAGUGCUGGAAGACUUUGAGGGGAACCAGGCUUUGAUCUCCACAGAAGGCAAGGCAAUCGACGAUGCACUAGCCGCUAAAGUAUCAGCGGUACUGUGGACGACAAUUGAGAAGGCCUUUGAGUAUAGCAACACACAUAAAGAUAUAAUUCCACCCGAACGAAGCCUGCUUGACUUUUUCCGCGAGGAGGUUGAGAAGACAGAUCUCAGCGCCGCUGAGAAGGAACUUUGCAUCGAAUCCUGCAGGCUAUGGGGAGCGUACGUCGGUGAUCCCAUUGAAAGGCAGAGCCUAAAGUUCUUCUGUCUCGAGGAGUGCAUAGAUGGGAAUAACUUCUUUGUGGCCUCGACAUACAAGAACAUUCUCAAGUAUGUCUCGAAGAAUGCUCUUCAACGCGCAGAUAUCCGCUUCAAUCAGCCUAUUGUCCAAAUUGGUUCCGAAUCCCGGAAAGCCAUGGGCUCCCCAAGCAAGGUGAAUCUCACAACAGCAUCAGGAGAGACCUUCCAGUUCGACGAAGUAGUAGUCACCUGCCCACUCGGCUGGCUCAAACGAAACAAACAAGCCUUUACCCCAGACCUUCCCCCUCGUCUAAACCAAGCUAUCGACAGCAUCUCCUACGGCAGACUAGAAAAAGUCUACGUCACAUUUCCCCGCGCAUACUGGCACGCCGGCCCCGAAGAUCCCAAGACCGCCGACAUUCUUAAAACCAACCUAGAAUACAGCAGCUUUGAGAACCCCACCUUCGCCCAAUUUCUCAAUCCAGGAUACACCAAGAGCCCGAACGACAUCCUCUGGAACCAAGAAUGCAUCUCACUCGCCGCUCUCCCCUCCUCCUGCGCACAUCCCACCCUCCUCUUCUACACUUUCGGCCCCUGCUCCACAUACAUUGUUUCCAAGCUCAAAGGCCUCGACCCGUCCUCCAAAGAAUACUUUAACUUCCUCAACGACUUUCUCCACCCCUUCUACUCCCGCCUAUACGGCUACUCAGACUCAUCUCCGGACUGCAAACCAAUCGCCUUCGCAGCAACCCAGUGGCAAAACGACCCCUACGCAGGUAACGGCUCCUACUGCAAUUUCCAGGUCGGCCUUACCCAGGGAGAUCGAGAUAUCGAGGUCCUGCGCGCAGGCAUGGGCGCAGAUCGCGGGGUCUGGUUUGCAGGCGAACAUACAGCGCCAUUCGUGGCAUUGAGUACCACGACCGGUGCGUAUUGGAGUGGUGAGCGCGCCGCAGGCCAAAUUUGUAAUUUAUAUGGGUUGGGUAGGCUUGGGAUCGGGUUGGAGAGGGAUGAUUCGUUGCCUUCUGCUACGCCUAAGGGGCUUUUAUGA